CUCCAGGGACAGCUGGGUCGACACACUUAGAACUGCCUCUGGGACACAACUUUUACAGACCGCACUGUCCAAGCUUUCCAGCUCUCUACGGUGGCAGAUCUAAUUUGAACUGCCAUUCAUAACACUCAGUGUGAACACCUGCGAAGACAGUGUAAUAUUUCGUCGAGCCACUGCGGCUUUCUCCGGUACUGCGACCAAGCUGGAUUCCCGGAGCUCUUCACCAUGUCUGGCGGGUUAUAGAUACUCCAUGGAGCAGCCCAACUUCUACGAGGUCGCCCAACGACCCCUGAUGACCAGCCUGCCUCAGAAUCAGCAAAGUGCCUUUUGCUACAAAGAGCCUCCUGCAACUGGAGACUUGAGCGAGAUUUGCGAGAACGAGAACUCAAUUGACAUAAGUGCUUACAUAGACCCUGCAGCCUUCAACGACGAAUUUCUGGCCGACUUACUCCACAACAGCUCAAAACAAGAGAAAGCAAAACUGGCGAGCGGUGACUACGAUUACCCCCACGGCGCUAGCAGCGUGUCCGGGGCUCACCAGCAAGUUUACGGCUGCAUGGCGAACUACAUGGAUUCCUCAAAGCUGGAACCAAUCUAUGACAAUCCGUCUGCCACAAGAAUCAGACCUGUAGCGAUAAAGCAAGAACCCAGGGAAGACGAAGACCCCCUUCAGUCUGCAGUCCCCCCUACAUACCAUCAUUCCCACCAUCAUCAUCCGCAGCAUCUAUCGCAUCUUCAGUACCAGAUUGCGCACUGCGCACAGACAACUAUGCAUCUUCAGCCCGGGCACCCGACGCCUCCACCAACUCCUGUGCCAAGUCCCCACCACCAACAGAAUAGCCUGCCUGGCGGAUCAAUGAAGAUGAUGGGGGGCAGCGACCGAGGAAAAUCCAAAAAGCACAUUGACAAGAACAGCCCUGAAUACCGUUUGAGGAGAGAGCGAAACAAUGUUGCUGUCAGGAAGAGCAGGGACAAGGCGAAAAUGCGCAACGUGGAGACUCAACAGAAAGUCAUAGAAUUGGCAGCUGACAACGAAAGACUGCGCAAGAGGGUGGAACAUCUCACCCGGGAACUAGAGACACUAAGAGGUAUCUUCAGACAACUCCCCGAUGGGUCUUUCGUUAAAGCCAUGGGUAACUGUGCGUAAAAUUAUCUAUAGACAAGUAGGACAUUCAAAACUGGUUUCAAUGGUGUCUUGUGGAUAUUUGCCGUGUAUCUGACAGAUCCAACUCUGUUUCUAAAGGAGCCAGGCAGCUGAGGUAUACUUGUAUGUGCCUUUUGUACGAAACGAUAAGCUCAUUUUCACACGUGUAAACAGUGGUUGUAUGGUUGUUUUGUGCCUUAAUGUAAGAAUGCGCUCGCAUGUGUGUUUUUAGCUACGCUUAACAUAUCAGUGCAGCUAAGGUAGGCUACGAUUUACAUCUUAAUCUGUUAUACAAGGUUCAAAUUUAGCAUCUCCUCGUCCUUUGCCUUUGAAAUAUAAUUUUGUGUUGUGCCUUAUAGAAUAUGUAUUAAAACUGCUAAAAACUUAGUUCUCAAACGUGCUGUAUUUUUUUUGCUAACAGAAGUGUGUGCACAGGAUUUCUUGCCAUGCUUUCGUCCAGAUAUAAAUCAGACCAUUUCAGCUUUAAGGUACAUAAAGUGCUAUUUUUUCUGGCAGAACUGAAAUCAUUUUAGAGACUGUAGAUGGACUGAAUUAAAUGCCAAAGUAAAGGACUGGAAUGCAAUUGCAAUACUGUGGUAUCUGCUUCACAUAAGCAGUUUAUUUUAUGCACUAUGUGUCGUCAAAAUGCGACGAAAUGAAGCUUAUUGUAUUUUGAAAAUUGCCAUAGGUUCGGGUACUGAUCUAUUGAACGCCUCUUAGUGUACGCUUUAUAGAGUUAAAUCUUUAUAUUUAUGCUGUAUAAUUCAAAAUGUGAACGGAUGCCUCUAUAAACUGUAUUUUGCCAUAUCCAUGAUGAUUCCACACGAAGAUCACUUUGUUGUGCUUUCUCACUGGUUUUUCAGUGAAAACUGUUUCAAAGCCUGCUCUCUGUUGUCAGUUUCAUGCGCACUGUAUUUUUAUUACUGUUUUAUUAUUAUUACACUCGAGCAGACGCCGGAAUUUAGUGCCUUUUCACUUUUACGCUUGACGUUAUGGUAUCACUGGUCGAACUUUUAGGACCUGUAAGGAAAAGGAAGCACUUUUUACAAAAGCCCUGUUGCCAAUGUAUAAUACAAAUGUUUAAAUACUUUUGAAUUGUAAAAUGAACAAUAUAUAU